AGUCAUCUUGCCCAAUACGCCAGCGGCCAGCACCAUACCACCUAUUGAACUGGAGUAACGGACUAAUUCAUUCACUGCGCGCCGCACGAUGUUGCGGACAAAUCCUUCCUUAUACGUAUCGAAGACCCGACUCAGCAUUCGCCAGAUACCCCUAUUCGUUACUGAACGGACUCUCAAACGCCUCGCCCUCCACGCUCUUCGUGCAUUCAAAGAUGAAGUCCAGAAGGGAGAACGCAACGGUUUGACUCCCGAGAAGCUGGAAGAAGCUACCAAGGAAGCCGAUGAACCAGACGACUCUAGCACGAAACCGAAGGUUGGGAAACGAUCGCAGGGAAGCAAAUCCAAAGGGGUCCAGCAAGACAAAAUCGUGCGUCAACAUGAACGGGUAGAUCCUGUCACAGGAAAAGGCCGCAGCAAAGGUUACGGAUUCAUCGAGAUGCCGCGGCAUGCGGAUGCGCUACGCGUUCUUCGGUGGGCCAACAACAACCCUGCUGUCGCGCCACUUCUGAGUACCUGGUGGAAAGGAGAGCUCGGAGAUCUCAUCAAGCUCGAGAAGGGAAAGGGGGAGUCUGAUGAAGCUAGACUGAAGCGGAUGAGUGAAAACCUCAUUUCUUGCUGAAAACUAUUUUACGCCCUCUUGCGCCAGGCUUAACCUUUGCGUUUGGCUUUAGUAUUCCUUAUACAUGUGCAAGAACAUUGUCGAUGUAUUAUGAUCGACUAUGAU